CCUUGUCACCUCCGGCAAACUACACUUCCCAGGAGUCGUUGCGGUGCUCGUUAACUGCGUCUAAACAGGUCCUACCUCUUUGCGACUUUCUCUUUAUAUUUCUGUCCUUGGUUAGGAUUCACUCUCUCCGUCCAGAAGCAAAUUUUGUCCAUGGCGUCUCCCACUGAUGACAACGUAGCAGUGCAGCUGAAUCCCGUCCUGAAGCCUCUCAGUUGGCUGCUGGGUACCUGGGAGAGCGACGAACCCGGAGAAGGAACCUUCCCCACCAUAAAACCUUUCCGAUACACUGAGAAACUAUGUUUCACCCAUGUUGGGCAACCAGUCAUCAACUUUACGUUUAAAGCAUUUCAUGCGGAGUCCAAUAAGCCUCUCCACAGAGAAUGUGGUUUUAUUCGAAUCCAGCCGGGGACAAACAAAGUGGCCUUCAUUAUUGCACAGAACUCAGGUCUGGUGGAGAUUGAAGAGGGGGAGCUGACAGGAAAUCAGCUCAAGCUGCAGUCUCAAAGCCUGGGUAGAAUCUCUUUUGCCAAAGAGCCCCAUGUACAACAGAUUGGCAGAGUCUUGCAACUCCGACCAGACGGGAAGCUGGAACAGACUGUUUCUAUGGCAACAGACAGCCAGCCGCUCACUCAGCACUUGCACAUCACUUACAGCCCGUCAUCUUGACCAGCUGUGGCCCGGCCAUUGCUUUUUAUACCACACCUGUCAGAGCAACAUUUUAGGAGUGUGGUUCAGAAACCUUUUCUUUCUCAGGGAGUUUUUUGUUUUAAAUAUUGCAUGCAUUUAAAUGUGUCCCUGUUUUGAAUCUACAUGGUCCUAAUGGAUAAUAAAGAUUAAACUUAGAACAGUAA